UGCCCCGGCCCGCCCGCUCGCCCGCCCGGCCGGCCUGUUCCGCGCUCGGGUUGCCGAGUAGGCGACGUGCCGGUGGGCUUGGUGUGGCGGAGAUGUCUGCCGCUCUGCAGCGCAUUGAGCGGCUGUCCAGCCGGGUGGUACGCGUGUUGGGCUGUAACCCGGGUCCCAUGACCCUGCAGGGCACCAACACCUACCUGGUGGGGACCGGCUCCAGGAGAAUCCUUAUUGACACUGGAGAACCAGCAAUUCCAGAAUAUAUCAGCUGUUUAAAGCAGGCUCUGACAGAAUUCAACACAGCAAUCCAGGAAAUCAUAGUCACUCAUUGGCACAAAGAUCAUUCUGGAGGCAUAGGAGACAUUUGUAAAAGCAUCAGUAAUGAUACUACCUACUGCAUUAAAAAACUCCCACGGACUCCUCACAGAGAAGAAAGGAUAGGAAAUGGAGAGCAACAAUACGUUUAUCUGAGAGAUGGAGAUGUAAUCAAGACAGAAGGAGCCACGCUAAGAGUUAUAUACACACCAGGCCAUACCGAUGAUCAUAUGGCCCUGCUGCUGGAAGAGGAAAAUGCUCUCUUUUCUGGAGAUUGCAUCCUAGGGGAAGGAACAACCGUAUUUGAAGACCUGUAUGAUUACAUGAACUCCCUAAAAGAACUACUGAAAAUCAAAGCAAAUGUCAUAUAUCCAGGACAUGGCCCAGUAAUCCAUGAUGCUGAAGCUAAAAUUCUACAGUACAUUGCUCACAGAAAUACUCGAGAAGAGCAAAUUCUUACAUUAUUUCGUGAGAACUUUGAGAAAUCAUUUACAGCAAAGGAGCUUGUAGAAAUUAUUUACAAGAAUAUUCCUGAGAACUUACAUAAAAUGGCUGAACAUAAUGUCUCUCUUCAUUUGAAAAAACUAGAAAAAGAAGGAAAAAUAUUCAGAAGCACAGAUCCUGGCAAGAAAUGGAGAGCUGUUCUUUAGUUUCAGAUUAAUGAAAGCUUUGUUCUGUCUUGCUUUUAGAGAGGAUGGUAUGUUUUCUUAUGGCUCAUUUAGAGAGAACAUAAGACUGGGGAACAUUGAAAAUUACCCUAAAUAUCAUUAAAAUAAUGUCAUGAUUAUUCUGAAAUCGAUAAAUUACAUUACACAUCUACAAAACAGGUAUUUCAGAAUUUUACCAAAAAUUCAGAAUCCAACAGUUUAUUGCUGUUUAAUAAUAAUCAUUAGUGGUUACUUUAAAAUAAUAAAAUGUGUAUAAUUUAAAAUGGUUUUUUUCUUGGAGAUUAGUUUUCUGUUACCAGUUAUUAAUAAUAUCAUUUUCUCGGCCAGCGCCAUGGCUCACUAGGCUAAUCCUCCACCUGCGGCACCGGCACCCUGGGUUCUAGUCCCGGUUGGGGCGCUGGAUUCUGUCCCGGUUGGUCCUCUUCCAGUCCAGCUCUCUGCUGUGGCCCGGGAAGGCAGUGGAAGAUGGCCCAAGUGCUUGGGCCCUGCACCCACAUGUGAGACCAGGAGGAAGCACCUGGCUCCUGGCUUUGGGUCAGCGCAGUGCGCCAGCCGCAACACACUGACCGUUGCAGCCACUUGCGGGGUGAACCAACGGAAAAAGGAAGACCUUUCUCUCUGUCUCUCUCUCUCUCACUGUCUAACUCUGCCUGUCAAAAAAAGAAAAAUAAAUAAAUAAAAAUAAAAAAUAUCAUUUUCUCUAGCUGCACAGAUUUAAAUGUGCUCCUAAAUUUCCCUCAACUCUUGUCUUACGUAAAGACAAGGGUUUUAUUUUCUGUAGAUAAUAGCUUUAUUUUCAUGUUUCUGUCAAUGUCAUUAUGAUUAAGUAUUGGUUCUAUAGUUUUGUGUAUUUUAUUAUAAUGAUAUCCCACAAAUGAUAUGUGGAAAGCAACUUUUGGCAAUUGAAAAAUGUUAAAUGCAAAACUAAAAGUAUUAUGUGGUGAAUUAUUCUUGAAAUUCAUUUUUACAACCAAUGUAUAUUCCAACUUUACCUCUUAUUAUAUGGUCAUCAGCUUAUAUGUUAAUUAUAUUUGAAAAGUCUAUUUUUAAAUUAAAGGGUUAUAAGAUAGGG